CGCGGAGGUGAAGGCAGGGGAAAGGCCUGUUGUUGAGCAGCUUAAUACAACACAGCCAUGAUGUCACUUACCGGAUGAGCCCGCAGUUGCAGUUGUUUCACGUCAAAAAAAAAAAAAAAAUCCGGAAGAAGAUCCACCACGACGGAACCACGGUGGAGCCACGACGAGGUCCAAAGGCUGAGAUAAUGGCAUUGGUUUAGUCUCAACUUUAUCAUGUUACUGAGCGUCGGAGACACAGGGCGACUUGCGCGCAGGUUAUCCGCGAUGUUGUGAGUCAGAAGUUAGUCCAGCCCCGUCUCUUGGCCCCAGGUCAAUGUUAACAAAUCGUAGCGCUUUACUAAAUCAGAGCACAUCCUCGUAGAUUGGUUUUGAGUCACCAUGGGUAAUGGAAUGAACAAGGUUGUCGAUGGGCUCUACCUCGGCAAUAUAAGAGAUGCAGAGAACAGAGAAAGCCUUUCUCAGAAUGGCAUCACCCACAUCCUUUCUGUGUACAACAAUGCCAAGCCCGUGUUUGAGGACAUGACCUACCUAUGUAUCCAUGCAGCUGAUGCCUCCAGCCAGAACCUGUCACAGCAUUUUAAAGAAUGCAUCAGCUUCAUCCAUGAAUGUCGUCUGAAUGGUGGAUCUUGUCUGGUGCACUGCCUUGCAGGUGUGUCCCGCAGCACAACCAUGGUGGUGGCCUACCUGAUGACCGUCACCCACUACAGCUGGGAGGAAUGUCUGUCUGCUGUCAAAGCUGUUCGCUCUUUUGUUGGCCCAAACUAUGGCUUUCAGCAGCAGCUGCAGGAGUACCAGAUGAAACAAGUCUCAGAGUACCGUGCGUGGCUACGGGCCAGUUUCCGUCCCAGUCCAUUUAAGGACCAGGAGCAGGUGGGGGCUCUCCUGAGCCAGUACACAGAGCAGCAGGAGAGCCAGAGAAGAGGGACGGACCAGCGCUGGAUCAGUCAGGCUGUCUGCUCUCUGCCAUGUGACCCCAGGGAACGUGAAGGCAACAGCUGAGCCACGAGUCUGUGGUCCGGCCAGCAUCCAGCCCAAUCUGAUGAUUCUGUGCCCAAUUCCAAAUCAACCCCAUGUUAAAUCCAACUUCAACGCUUUUGUAUGAUUUUAAAAGAACAGAAUUGAAUGAAUAAUCUCUUAAAAUGAAGCUUUUUUUCAAUACUUAAUUUGCAUUGAUCAAGUGUUUAAUUUUUGUUUUUCUGGGGGUUUUUUUAAGCGAUGGAGGUUGAUCUAGAAUCGGGCUACAGACUCUCUUCACUACCAGUACCUCCCAUGUUCCCUUAACAUGUCUGAAUACAGCCACAGAAGGAGCAUUGGUGCUCAUUGACGCCUUACUCUAAACACCUCAGCACCUUAGUCAUGAUUAAUAGGUUUUACCUUUACUUCCAUCUCAACCCUUUAUACCUGCAAAAUUCUGCUCUAUAGCCAUAAAAACGGUGAGUGUUUUAGCUUAAUAUAUCAACAGCUUUGUCAUGAUCAGAUGUCUAAUGACACGUGAAGGAUAUCUGCAGUCCAAACACUAAAACGUCUUCCUGAUUUUACUGAACUCUUAAUUUAUCUUUAUAUUGUAUAAAAGCAAGCUUUUUUUUUUUUUUUUUUUUAGGGAUUUUGUGUUAUAAAUUCAGUGGUACAGUUCAGUGUUCUGAUAGCCUAUUUAUGUUUUACUUUUCAAUACAAAUGCAGACUUUAAUUGCCAAAAACACGGAAAUGCUAAUAAAUAUAUACUCUCAAUGAA